UCAUCAGCAGGCCCCGCCUUCAACCUGUGACGCGUGACCUUUAACCUUCGGUUUCACGUGGUUGAAUCGAGGAGGACAGAAACGCGUGGAGCGAGCGGAGAGGAGAGAUGAAGAAAGCAGGGGAGAAAACUGCGUUGAAGAGGAGUAAAGAAGAGGAAGAGGAACAGAACCAGAUCUUCAACUUUAACAGGAAACCUGCUGAUGAAGAUAAGGAUGAUGAUUUAUCAGAUAGCGAGGACAGUGUCUACUCAGGCCUGGAGGAUUCUGGGAGUGAUGCUGAGGGGGAAGAGGGAUCCGAUGAGAAGGAGGAGGAUGAUGAUGAUGAUGAUGAUGACAAGAUGAAGGAAAGAACGGAGGAAGAAGUGAGUGAAGAAAAGAAGGAAGAUGAGUAUGAACAUGACUCUUCAGAUGAAGAGGAUAUCAGGAACACAGUGGGGAACAUUCCUGUUGAGUGGUACAAAGAUUUCCCUCACAUUGGGUACAAUCUGGAUGGGAAAAAAAUCUACAAGCCAAUAAGGAACAAGGAUGAGCUUGAUGACUUCUUGGAUAAGAUGGAGAACCCAGAGUACUGGAGAACAGUGCAUGACAAGCAGACAGGAAGUGACAUUGUGCUGUCCGAUGAUCAGGUGGAGCUGGUGAACCGUCUGCAGAGAGGACAGUUUGGAGACGUCAACUUCAAUGAGUAUGAGCCAAUGGUAGAAUUCUUCAGUAGCGACGUGAUGAUUCAUCCCAUCACCAACAGACCGGCAGACAAACGCAGCUUUAUCCCCUCGCUCACAGAGAAGGAGAAGGUGUCCAAACUGGUCCAUGCCAUAAAAAUGGGUUGGCUCAAACCCCGGCGGGUAGAGGAUGAUGGCAGGGGGCGGUAUUACGACUUGUGGGCCAGCGAGGACUCUUCCAUUCUGGCCAGACAUAGGAUGCACCUGCCUGCCCCCAAAAUCCCUUUACCUGGUCACCAUGAGUCCUACAACCCACCACCCGAGUAUCUGUUCACUGACGAGGAGCGAGCACUGUGGGAGCAGCAGGAUCCAGGAGACAGGAAGUUGCCGUUUGUUCCAAGGAAGUACUCGAGCCUCCGUCAGGUUCCAGCAUUUUCUCAUUUCAUCCACGAGAGGUUUGAGCGCUGCCUGGACCUUUAUCUGUGCCCACGACAGAGGAAGAUGAGGGUGAAUGUGAAUCCAGAGGAUCUGAUUCCCCAGCUUCCCAAACCAAAGGACCUUCAGCCAUUUCCCACCACACAGUCGCUGGUCUAUCGAGGUCACAGCGGUCUGGUUCGCUCUAUCAGUGUGUCUCCAUCGGGACAGUGGCUUGCCUCAGGAAGUGAUGAUGGCUCUGUCAGAUUCUGGGAAGUCUGUUCGUCUCGUUGUAUGAAGAUGGUCCAGGUGGGCGGAGCUGUGAAGAGCAUUGCCUGGAACCCAAAUCCGUCUGUCUGUUUGCUGGCUGUUGCCCUGGACUCUGUGGUCUUGAUCCUGUCUCCCUCUCUGGCAGAUAAACAGGUCAUCUUGUCGUCAGAACGACUCCUCAGCGCCCAACAGGAGGGGGAGGAGCCAGCAGAAGGAAAUGGGUCUGUUGUCUGGAGCGAGGCUGAGGGGGAAGAGCUAAACCAGGGGGUCCGCCUCAAAAUCCAACACCCCAAAGCUGUUCACCAGGUGGUGUGGCAUGCUAAAGGAGACUACCUAGCAUCAGUGAUGCCUGAUAACACGAGCCACCUGCAGGUGUAUAUCCACCAGCUGAGCCAGAGGCGGAGUCAGAACCCCUUCAGCAGGAACAAAGGCCUGGUCCAGUGCGUAUCCUUCCACCCAAUCAGGCCCUAUUUCUUUGUGGCCACACAGCGCUCGAUCCGCAUCUACAACCUCGUCAAACAAGAAAUGACCAAAAAACUCCAAGCCAACUCCAAGUGGAUCUCCAGCAUGGCUGUCCAUCCGGGAGGUGAUCAUGUGAUCUGUGGGAGUUAUGACUGCAAGCUGAGCUGGUUCGACCUUGAUCUGUCAACUAAACCCUACAAGAUGCUCCGACACCAUAAGAAAGCAGUGAGGGGUGUGGCCUAUCACAGACUGUACCCGCUGUUUGCCUCGGCGUCCGAUGAUGGCUCAGUGAUCAUCUGUCACGGGACUGUUUACAAUGACCUGUUGCAGAAUCCACUCAUCGUCCCAGUGAAAGUCCUCAGAGGUCAUGUGAUGACUCAUGAUCUCGGUGUUCUGGAUGUGACCUUUCACCCCACGCAACCCUGGGUCUUCUCCUCUGGCGCCGAUGCUACUAUCCGCCUCUUCACAUAGCAACGUGCUUAGCAACCACAGAUGCCGUUUUCCUAAUGUUUUUACUUUCAGACACAAUGUUCUUGUCUCACUGUUUUCCUUGCUGUGAUGUCAGUUCCUUUUUGAAUAAACUGAACUGUUUUUGAG